AUGGCUGUGGCAAUACAUUCAAAUAAUGAUCAAGAUCUAUUGACAGCUGCAAUUUCGUCACUUAUUGGCAUUAGUUUGAGCUCACCAACCGAUUACAAAGACUCAAUGCCUAAAGUAUCUUUGUUCGAUUGCCAUAAUCAAACGUAUUCGUAUGGUAAAGUAGGCAGUACAUCUCCAGAUUCUCAGAUUCAUCCAGAUUCUCAGCUAGCUACUAAAGCAACAAAAAAUAUUGAAGAAAUAAAAAAAGGAAGAACAGAGUUUUUGAUAUUUGUGAAAACUAUUUCUGGUAAAACUUUAACUUGUCUUAUAGAUCAAAAUUCAACUGUCCUUGACGUCAAAAAGAUUAUUGAAGCAAAAACUUCUAUACCCUGCUCCCAGCAACGACUAAUAUUCGCGGGAAAACAGUUAGAAAAUGAAAGAAAAACGUCUGAUUAUAGCAUAAAAAAAGAAGAUACAAUCCAUUUAAUUCAAAAUUUGAGAGGUGGCGGCUUACAGUUUUUGGAUCCCUCAAGCCUAGAUCCGAGAUAUAAUUAUGAUUUUACAAAUGUAACAGAUGAAAAUAAAAUAUUUACACGAGGUGGAGAAAAAUAUGUUCGCCCGUGUGGGUGGAAACGCUUUGCUAUUAAAGUGUCCGACAGAUAUGAAAAUUUAACUUGGUUAGGUAGUACCGAUGUUCCAGGAGAAUGGCCUGUAUCUUAUCAUGGAACAGGUGUAAAUGAAGCUAAAUCUAUAGCGGAGGAUGGCUACAACUUAACAAAAGGAAAAAGAUUUGCAUUCGGGCGCGGAGUUUAUUCAACUCCAAAUAUUAAAGUGGCAGAAAAAUAUGCAUUAAAUUUUAUGCAUAAAAAUAAGCAAUACGCAGUUGUACUUCAAAAUCGUGUAAAUCCUACAACCUUGCUAAAAAUAUCAGCUGAUCACACCAAAAUAGGUGAGUACUGGAUUAGCCCCAGCGACAAAGAUAUUCGUCCGUAUGGAGUAUGCAUUCGAAAACUAUAA